CAGCGGAACGAUUAAGUUUUCUUCUCCAUUAUCUGCAAAGGUCGUGUCUCGUGUGUCGAUAGUUCGAUACUAUUUUGGACUUGCCGUGAGCCGCGGGUGACAACCGUUGCACAAUUAUAUCGUAUUUGUCGAAAGAAAGAAACUAAAAUCAUCACCACCAUGUCAAGAGUAAUAUUAGCGCAAUUGAAGAAAUCCAACUCCGUGUUGAGAACGUCCGUGCGGUCUAAGGCCGAUGGUCACCACGCCACGUACAAACCCCUGACGAUGGAUGACAUGCCAGUCCCAAAGGUGCCCUGGAAGGAAUACCAUGGAAAAACCAAUACCAAAUACAAUCUAGUACUAGUUGGUGGAAUUGCUGCUCUUGCAACGUCCAUCUACGUAUUACAAGACAACUGUUUUUUCAAUGCUUUUGCACCACCUUACCCUUUCGAAGAAACUGAACAGAAGUAAAUAUGAGUAUAUAUUCUUAAAUUUAUAUACUAAGUAAUAUUUUUUGUUUCCGUGUAGUAAUUAAUCAUAUUAUAUAAAAUAAAUUGUAUUUAAUUAUGAAUUUGAUUAUCCACAAUAAAAUAAUUUAAUUAGGU